AAAAUUUGGAUUUUACUCUGAUCUUUAAUUCCUUUUAUUUUCAUUUGUCCGCCCCUCGCAUGGUCUCACAUCCUCCCAAUCUGCCUAGCUCGAUCUUGCUCGGUCUUCAUCAGUCUGAUCAGGACUGGAGCUUUUUCUAGAACUGUGUUAGUAACAACAGGCCAGGACUAAUAUACUAGUAGUUGCCAUAAUGUGAUGGCAAGAAAGGAAGAAACACAAAGUCAAAUUAUAUGCUUUUAAAAGCUAUAGAAGAUGUUACAGAUCAGGAUGAAGAUAUGUGUUGUUAAUGUUGUUAUCAUAGCAGGACUUCUGACAGCUGUUGCUGAAUCUCGUGCACCCAUACAUCUUGACCUUGCUGACUUUGAAAAAGUUGUGGUUGAAGACCUUUUGUACAGUAAAUCUGAAGUGAAAAAUUCUGGAUGCAAAUGUGUCAAUUACAACUGUGGAUGCUGUGCUCACAUGGAAGUGUCCAAAAUUGAAUUAAAUGAGACUGGGUGUGUGAAUGUGAGCUAUCUGCCUGACCAGUAUGGUAUUUCUCUAACAUUCUCUUUAAAUGGGCAUGUGUAUGUGAAUGAAACCAUUUCUGCCAAGAACCCACCACCCCUGUGCUUUGCCAUACCGCACUUGAAGGACUUUGCCAGUCUCUGCAUAAAGUUCUACAAUCUGAGUGUUUCUAGCUCCAAAUUAUCUGGCUGUGUCAAGAUCCAGGCUCGUCUUUACCACGUAGACAUUGAAGACAUUCCACUGGGAUGUUUUAAACUGGGUAAAGGAGUUAAUGUGCUGUAUGGAAGUGAUCCAUCCAGGUACUUGCAGAUAGUGCACCAACAAACUUUCCCCAAGAAGACAAUACGAGCCCAAAAUGACUUGAAAUUGAUCAGGCUAGUUGUUUAAAGUUUAGACCAUUUGAAUUCAAGAUCAAGACGUCAUGAAAAAUAAGUGUCUGUAUGCAGAUCAGAAUUGUGGCAGACUCCUAAUGGAGCACGUGUAACAAACAAAAGUUUUUUUAAAAAUUCCAGCACGUUUCCAGUAAAGUGCAAAGGUUCUCAAGUGAAUGAGCAACUUUUAAAUGCAUAGGGAAAGUGUCCCGCCAAAAUGAGACGGAAGUUUUCUGACUUGAUGAUCUGGAAAACUGGUUUGUAAAAUAUUUAGACAUUAGCAAAUCAGCAAAAAGUAUGAAAAAUACAGUUAGUGCCAGUUUCCUGGAGUAUAGAAGUUGAGAGUUCACCCCCAAUGCAGUUUGUAAUCACAUUUAACAAGACAAAACAGAAAAAAAGAACUUAAUCCAUUUCUUUAUAUUUUAUUCAUUCAGCAGUCUUAUGUACAUAUUAUUUUACAGUUUCCUCUUCACUUGAAAUAUCAAAUAUUUUGCUCGAAAAAUAACUGACAUGAGAACUGAAACACUUCUUAUGUAAUGACUUGUAAUUUUUCAGUUAAAUGACAUCUUUUCAUUAACUUGCGCAAUGCCCAUUUAGAUAAUAACCAGAAAGACCUACAGGUCUAGUGCGCUGGAGAAUACAAGAUGAUACAACUUUAUACAUUGACAUUUUAUUACAAGUAAGGAUACUGACAAAUAUAUCUCUCUCUUAUAAGAUAUGCACUUGUAAUAGUAUCCCAGACUUGAUUUCAAUAAAAGCAUGGGUUUUCCUUCA